AUGGCAAAGAAUGCAGCAGCUGUGCACCGUCUUUCCACCAAGGCUCUGUGCUUUUCUGUUCUGCUGAUCUGUCUGAUCUGUCUGAAGUCACCCACAGAUGCUGCUUCUCUUUGCUACAGCUUCACUGUUGGCAGGUCAGGGUCUGGGCUGUGGUCCCACAAAGUCCAAGGACAACUGGAUGAAAAGACUUUUAUUACCUGUGACAGUAACAACUGCUGUGCCAUUGGUGGUCUGGGGGAAAUACUAAAGACCAUACAGUCCUGGGAAACACAGGUUGACACUCUGAAAGAUGGAAUUAACUGCGUCAUUGACCAAGCACUUCUCAUGAAGCAGGAGACUGAUACAACCAGAGAGCCCUUCACUGUGCAGGUCAAGCAAUGCUGUUCGCAUGAAGCAGAUGGACUUUCCUAUGCAUCCUGUGACUUACACCUCAAUGGACACAAAGUGGGGUAUCUUCACCCAAGCACUGGAAAGUGGACGGAAGUUGAUCCUGGAUCCAUGAGGAUAAAAGAGAUGUUGGAGAAAAACAAGGAUUUAACAGAGUUCUUAUCCAGGACCUCACAGGGGGACUGCAAGGCCUGGCUUAAGGAGAUGAUCAAGUCACUCUUGGAAGAAAAGCUGGAGCCGACAGGUCUGGUCAAAGACACAGCUGAUAUUUUCACAUCAGCCUCACCAACCAUUGCCCCAGAUGUGGACCAGUCUUCAUCCACGACCAUGGAGCUCAAUGCCUUUGUCUUGCUGUUCACCUUAGCCCUCCUGGUUCUCUUAAAAUAUCUGCAAUGA